AUGGUGGUGAUGAAGAUCAUGGUAAAAAGUGGUGGUGAUGAUGAUGAUGAUGGUGAUGAUGAUGAUAACGAUGAAGAUCGUGAAGAUGAUAAUGAAAGUGGUGUUGAAUACGUUGAUGAUAAUAACGAAAGUGGUCCCUACCAGGUGGUGUCCAGACUUUCCGACGUGACCUAUCGUAUCCAGAGAUCCCCCAGGAGCAAACUAAGAGUGGUUCACUUUGACCGUCUGAAGCUCUACAGUGGAUCCGAUAUACCAGAUGCCUGGAGGACUCAGCCAGCAGACAGAACAGACGAGGUGACUACCGAUCGUGAACCAGAUGUUGUGAAUAAUGGACAACCUACUCAGGCUUCUACUGAGAUUACAGUAGAACCAGGAAUUCCAUUACCUGAUGAUUCUAGUGACUCAGAUGUCAACCCUUCACGCUAUCCAAGGAGGCAGAGAAGACCUCCAGACUAUUUCUAUUGA